GGACAACACUGUCUACCUGACAGUGACCGCAGACCAUCUGGGCAACACCAGAGGAUUAUGUGGCGUCUACAACAACAACGCCAACGAUGACUUCACCCUGGCCAGUGGGGAGCGUGUCUGCGUAUGCGGCUAGCUUCGGGGAACUCAUGGCGGGUGUCUGAUAAACAAACAGAGGGUUGUAGUGAUGCAGCUGAGUUGGGUCACAGUUGUGACAUCGCUGGCAGUAUUGCUGUACGAGGGGAGGCUGAGUCGGCAUGCCACAGGCUUCUGGAGACGCCAUUCUCACAGUGUCACCAUCGAGUGGACCCAGCGGCAUAUGUGGACUCGUGCCUUUACCUGUACUGCAGUCUGCCCAGUGCUGAGAGGGAGGGGGCAGUGUGCCAGACCCUGGCCAGCUACGCCCGAGAGUGCGCCCAACAACACGUCAUCAUCAGCUGGCGCAGCCAUGGACUUUGUGGCCGAGUGUGUCCGCGGGGUCAGGUGUUUUCGGACUGCGUCUCCUCCUGUCCUGCCAGCUGUUCCUCCCCCCUGCCCCCCGCCUCCGGUCAGUGUCGCGAGGAGUGUGUGGGGGGGUGCGAGUGCCCCCCAGGACUCUUCCUGCAGGGGGGAGAGUGUCUAAAGAGGGACGACUGCUCCUGCUUCCACCGCCGACGCUCCUACAAGGCCGGGGACACCAUCCAGCAGCAGUGCAACACAUGUAUUUGUACAGCUGGCCAGUGGCGGUGCUCGGGGGAGAAGUGUGCAGCUCAGUGCGUUCUGAUUGGUGGACUGCAGGUCACGACCUUCGACAAGAAGAGAUAUACUCUUCAGGGGGGAGACUGUGGUUUCACUGCAGUGGAGGAUUUUGUGGACAGGAAGUUGGAGGUGACGGUGCGUGUUGGAGAGUGUGUGAGUGGAGGCGGCCAGGGCUGCCUGAGAGAGAUGUCCAUCACUGCACUCCGCACCACGGUCAUCGUCACGGAUACUGGUGCUGUGAGUGUUAACGGGCGGCUGGAGGGGUUGCCAGUGGUGACGGGGGACCUGGUGGUGAGGCGGGCUUCGUCCAUGUUCCUGCUGGUCCAGGCGUUCGGGGCUCAGCUGCUUUGGUACCUGGACGGAGCCCUUGCCCUCAUCACCCUGCAACCGGGCUUCGCUCAGAAGGUCCGAGGACUGUGUGGCACACUAACCUGGAGUCAGCACGAUGACUUCACCACGCCGGAUGGGGACGUAGAGAGCAGCGUGACGUCCUUCGCCAGCAAGUUCACCACGGCGACCUGUCCAGUGCCACAGGCCACCCCGCCUGACCCCUGUGCCACCUACACACAGCGCCGCCAGCAAGCUGAGAACGUCUGCGCCGUCAUACACAGCUCAGUCUUCCAGCCGUGCCACGAUGUGGUGGACAGGGAGCCUUACAUGCGCCUGUGUUUGAACGACAUGUGCAGCUGCGCCACCAACAAGCCGUGCCAGUGUACUGUCCUCACGGCCUACGCCCGCCACUGCGCUCAGGAGGGGGUGACCAUCAGCUGGAGGAACCACACCUUCUGCCCUGUGCAGUGUUCUGGAGGUCAGGUCCACCAGGAGUGUGGGCGCUCGUGUGGUUCCUCCUGCAGUGACCUGCGCCAAGGCUGGCCCUGCCAUGUCUCCGGCGGCUCCCCCAGCUGUGUGCCCGGCUGCCAGUGCCCACCAGGCCUGGUGCAGGACGACGAGGGCCAGUGCGUACCCGCCAGCAUGUGCCCGUGCCAGCGCGGAGAGCAGAUGUACCCACCUGGCAGCACCGUACAGAACAACUGCAACACAUGCAUCUGUCAGAGAGGUGGUUGGAACUGCACCAACUCUAAGUGUCCUGAGGUGUCCCGGUGCCCUGGCACUCUGGUCUACUCUCCGCGCUCCUGCCUUCGCACCUGUGCCAGUCUGGACGCCCCCCUGGCACCCUGCGCCGAGCCCAUCUACGGCUGCACCUGCCCAGAGGGAACCGUCCUGCUGGGUGAUCGUUGUGUUCCUCCUGACGAGUGUCCAUGUCAUCACAAUGGUAGAAUGUACUUCUCCAAUGACACCAUCACCAAAGACUGCAACACUUGUGUGUGUCUCGCGAGGCGCUGGCACUGUGGGCAGUCCCUGUGCGCUGGCACCUGCGUUGCCACGGGCGACCCACACUACGUGACGUUUGACGGGCGCUGCUUCUCAUUCCUGGGGGACUGCGAGUACGUACUGGCGCAGGAGAGCAGUGGCCAGUUCAGCGUCAUGGCCGAGAACGUGCCAUGCGGCAGCACCGGCGUCACCUGCACCAAGUCCGUCACUUUCACCGUCGGCAACACCGCUAUCCACAUGCUACGCGGUAAGGCGGUGACAGUGAACGGCAUGGCAGUGUCUCUCCCUAAGUCCUACUCUGGCAGUGGGCUGACGUUGGAGAGGGUGGGGAUGUUUGUCUCGCUCUCAUCACGCCUGGGGGUCACGCUGCUCUGGGAUGGAGGCAUGCGUGUGUAUGUCCGCUUGGCGCCCAGUCUUCGUGGCAAGGUCGGGGGGUUGUGUGGUAACUUCGACGGGGACACAGAGAACGACUUCACCACUCGCCAAGGCAUCGUGGAGUCGACGCCGGAGCUCUUCGGAAACUCCUGGAAGGUCAGCCCGUCCUGCCCAGAUGUGCGGGACCAGGACCUUAGAGACCCGUGCGCGAUCCAUCCUCAUCGGGUGACGUGGGCGAAGAAGCGAUGCGCUGUACUCACCCAGGAGCGCUUUGGCGCCUGCCAUGCAGAGGUGCCGUACCAGCAGUACUACGACUGGUGUGUCUUUGACGCCUGCGGGUGUGACUCGGGCGGGGACUGUGAGUGUUUGUGCACGGCCCUCGCUGCCUACGCUGAGGAGUGUAACCGCCGGGGAGUGUACGUCCGCUGGAGAUCACAGGAGCUCUGUCCGCUGCAGUGUGAGAACGGGCUGGAAUAUCAGCCGUGUGGCUCGGCCUGCUCCUCCACCUGUCCUGGAGUCUCCCCCAGCCCCAACUCCCACUGCGUAGCCCUCUCAUGUGUGGAAGGGUGCUUCUGUCCCGCCGGCACUGUCAGGCAUGGCUCCGGUUGCAUCACCCCCUCUGAGUGUCCGUGUCAGUGGGAGGACUCUGAGUUUCCUCCUGGUUCCACCCUCACACAGCACUGCCAGAAUUGCACCUGUGUUGGAGGGGGCUGGGAGUGUGUGGGGGCCCCCUGUCCGCGUCCCCCCCCAUGCCUGGAGUCAGAGUUCCAGUGUGCGGGGGGGCGCUGUGUCCCGUCCCUCUGGGUGUGUGACAACGAGGAUGACUGCGGCGACGGCUCCGAUGAGGUUUGCCCCAGCACCUGCCCCCCGGGUCAGUUCCGUUGCCCUGGCGGCCGCUGCCUGCCUCAGGCCCUGCGCUGCGACGGACAUCCCGACUGCGCCGACCAAUCAGACGAGGAGUUCUGCGCCCCGCCCACGCCCCGCCCCCUCUGUUCUCCGGGAGAGUUCCAGUGUGAGAGUGGGCGGUGCCUACCCAGCAGCAGAGUGUGUGACGGCCGGCUGGACUGUGGAUUCGCCGACGACUCAGAUGAGAAAGACUGUGGAGAGGUGUGUCGAGAUGGGGAGUUCCGCUGCUCCGGGGGGCGGUGUGUGUCCUACCUCCACCGCUGUGAUGGUCAUGAUGACUGUGGGGACUUUAGCGACGAGAGAGGGUGUGUGUGUCCCUACGGGGAGUUCCAGUGCCCUGGCGCGCAGUGUUUGGCACCCGAGAGAGUGUGUGACGGGCACAAGGACUGUCCCUCGGGCACGGAUGAAACCAUCUGCCCUGCCAAAGGUUGUGGGCGGCAUGAGUUCCGCUGCUCCAACGGGCAGUGUACCCCACUGGCGUGGCGAUGUGAUGGGGAGACGGACUGCCUGGACGGCAGCGAUGAGCAGCAGUGCCCUAAAAGGUGCCCGCCGGGUCAGUACCCGUGCCAGAGCGGUGACCAGUGCAUCCUCUACCAGCAGCUGUGUGACGGGGAGGAGCACUGCAGAGACGGCUCGGAUGAGAGCGUGGGCACGUGUGGUUCGGUGCGGAUCCCUCCCUGUGUGGGCAGCUUCUCCUGUGAUAACCACACGUGUGUGAACGCGUCGCGUGUGUGUGACGGGACGCCCGACUGCCCUCACGGUGAAGACGAGCUGCUCUGUGAAAAGACUCCUCCAACUGCUGUUCCGCCCGGAGACAAGAACAACACACGCACCUGUCCUGAGUUCACCUGUCGCGAUGGAGGCUGUGUUCCCUUCAAAGCGGUGUGUAAUGGGGUCCCAGACUGCCCUGAUGUGCCUCGACCUGGGGGCCCCUCAGACGAGCAGCACUGCAGGACCUGGAGCACCUGGGGGCCCUGGAGUCCCUGUAGUCGCUCAUGUGGAGCCGGCUCCAUGAUUCGCCACAGACACUGCCCCCUGGGGGACGCUCUGGGGUAUUGCAGGGGAGAGGACAUGGAGAGGCAGCAGUGCUUCAAGGCCUCCUGCCCAGUGGAUGGAUACUGGCAGCCGUGGGUGUCGUGGUCCAACUGCAGUAAGGUGUGUGGUGGGGUGGAGGUGCGGCAGAGGGAGUGUGUGCCCCCUCAGAACGGUGGACGCCACUGCAGUCAGCUUCCAGGAGAGACGGCCCUCACCACCGAAAUCAAGCCCUGUCCUCCUGACGGCUGCAGCAGUAAUGUGUCGUGCCCGGCGGGUCUGGUGUGGCACAACUGCAGCUCUUGCCCCCUGAGCUGCGCCCAUGUGUCUCGGGGAGCCACCUGCCAACACCACACCAGGUGCUUCACAGGCUGCUGGUGUCCGGAUGGCCUGGUGAUGAACCAUGAGCAGAAGUGUGUAUCGGCGGACGAGUGUGUGUGUGAGGUGUCGGGGUUGCGCUACUGGCCGGGCCAGCAGGUGAAGCUGGGGUGUGAGAUCUGCACCUGUGUGAGAGGAAAGCCACAGAACUGCCAGCCCAACCCAGAGUGCUCAGUGCACUGUGGCUGGUCGCCCUGGUCCCCAUGGGGAGAGUGUUUGGGGCCGUGUGGGGUUCAGAGUGUGCAGUGGUCCUUCCGCAGCCCCAACAACCCCAGUACCAAUGGCAACGGGAGGCAGUGCCGUGGAAUUUACCGGAAGGCACGGCGUUGUCAGACAGACCCGUGUGAUGAGUGUAAGUUCCGGGGCCACUCUCAUGGUGUCGGGGACCGCUGGAAGAAUGGCACAUGCCAGGUGUGCCAGUGUCUGUCCAACGCCACCGUCCAGUGUGUCAACUACUGCCCAUAUGCCAUCAUCGGAUGCCCACAGGGACACACAUUGGUCGCAGGUGAAGCAGACAGGUGUUGCUACUGUGAGCGCAAAGGUGGGAAUACAGGGACGACUCCAGCCACUAUUCCAAUCAGUGUUGAGCCCUCCACUACACCAGGGGGAGGGGGCGAUAUACCCACGGUGCCAACCUACCCGCUUCCUCCUGGAGACGACUGCUGGGCUCCUCUGGGCGUCCAGUCCCUUCCCUCCACCAGCUUCACUUCCUCAUCCCACCAGCGGGGGCACCCUCCCUGGGCAGGGCGUCUCCAUGGCUAUGACUCCCACAGCGACCUGCAGGGUUGGAGUCCAGAGCCGCAUCAGUACCAUGACCUGCCACCGGGGGCGCCAGGGAGCUACAGUGGCGGCGGGAGGCAGCCGCCAUACCUGCAGAUAGACCUUCUGAAGCCCUACAACAUCACAGGCCUCCUAACCCAGGGAGGUGGGAUGUUUGGCACCUUUGUGUCCAGUUUCUACCUGCAGUUCAGCUUUGAUGGAAUCCAGUGGUUCACCUACAAAGAGCUGAUCACUGACGCCCGCCCCAAAGCCAAGGUUUUCCUGGGUAACCGUGACGACCGAGGGGUUGCUCAGACGCGAUUGGACAGGAUGGUGUUGGCACGGUUUGUGCGUGUGCUGCCCCACGACUUCCAGAAUGGCAUCUACCUGCGAGUGGAACUGAUGGGCUGUGAGUCAGGAUACAGUUGGCUGUCCACCCCUGUUCCCUCUCUGUCUCCCGUCACUCCUAGGCCGUGCCGAGACAGGGAGUUCCGCUGUGAGAAUGGCCGCUGUGUUCCAGCUGGACCUUCCGGUGUCGUUUGCAACGGAGUCAACGAUUGUGGGGACGGCUCGGAUGAGCGCCACUGCGGUACCCAGUCCUCCACCACCCUUCGACCCCAUGGGUGUGCCACAGGUCAGUUCUCCUGUCCGCCACCAGGGGGCUGUAUUGAUGCAGCACAGCGCUGUGACGGGGUGCCUCAGUGUGCUGACGGGGCAGACGAGAAGGGCUGCGUCCCCUCCAAACCCGUCACACCCAACCCUGCACCCCUCAGGACACCUGGGGUGGCCGCAGUUACUACGGUCACAACGACACUCUCCCCGACAACAACUCAAGGAGGACCUGGACACAGGGUGUGUGCCUCCUCUAUGGGCAUGGAAGAUGGCCGAAUCUACUACGGUCAGCUGACCUCGUCUAGCAACCGCGAAAACAACCCAGCUGACGGUGGACGUCUAAAUAUCAUCCCCAAUGUACCUGUCAUGGAACCGGGGUGGAGUCCGUUGCCGAGCGACCCUAAUCCCUACUUCCAGGUGGACUUCCUGGAGCCUACCUGGGUGUCAGGUGUGGUGAUGCAGGGCAGCGAGCGCAUGUGGGGCUACCUGACCAAGUAUCGCCUGGCGUUCGCGCUGGUGGAGAACCAUUUCACUGACUACACAGACACCGGAAGGAGAGGUGACCCGCCUAAGGUGUUUGAGGUGCGGAUGGUGGGUAGGAGCCCUGUCACACGCUGGCUGAACAGACUGAUAAGGGUGCGCUACCUGCGUAUCAUACCUGUGGAAUACCGACACACCUUCUACCUGCGCGUGGAGAUCUUAGGCUGCAGAGAAGAUGAGCUGGUGACCCCCAGCAGUGUGACCACUGGGGCCCCGGGAGUGAGGUGUGUGAGCGGCACGUUCGCCUGUUCCAGCGGAGAGUGUGUCCCCAUCACCGCGCUAUGUGACGGCCGUCCAGACUGCCUGGACCACUCUGACGAGCUGGGCUGUGGCACAGGUUCCCCUGGCCUUCGGAACCAGACCGUCUCAGCAGGAGGUCCAGGGGUGCCGACGACCCGACUGGUGCCUGUGGUCACAGGGGAGCCGGGCGUCCUCAGUGUCUCCACCCCCAGUCCGGUAGUGACCACUCCAUCGCACUACCCAGGGCUCCGCACGCCUACAACAGCCCCGUCUGGACAGCCAGGACUGAAGACCACUCCAGGACGCGUGGCGACCACAACGCCCCAUGAUGGUGCUUUACCCAGAGUGCUUUGUGUGGAGGGCCAGUUUUCGUGCAGAGUGUUUGGUUGCGUUGAUGCUGCACUGGUGUGUGACGGACGAGAGGACUGUGUAGACGGCUCGGACGAGGACUACUGUGGUACACCAACACCCAUCCCGACACCAGUCACACCUGUGCCACCAGGCCCCUCCCCCUGCUCCGACAAGCAGUUCACCUGUUCCAGCGGAGAGUGUGUGCACCUGGCCAAGAGGUGCGAUCUGCACAAGGACUGUGCAGACGGCUCCGACGAGGCCGACUGUGUGGACUGUGUCCUGUCACCGUGGACGGCGUGGAGCGGCUGCAGUGUGUCGUGCGGUCUAGGCUCACUCUUCCGCCAGAGGGACGUGCUGAGGGACGCCAGGCCCGGGGGGGCAUGUGGGGGGGCCCAGUUCGACAGCAGAGCCUGCUUCCUACAGGCCUGUGCAGUGGACGGGGCGUGGUCCGAGUGGACCUCCUGGUCUCCGUGUGAUGUCUCCUGCGGUGGGGGGCUGAUGGUCAGGAACCGCUCCUGCUCCAACCCCCCUCACAAAAACGGGGGGCAUGACUGUGAGGGGAUGACUCUCCAAACUCAGACCUGCAACACGCAGCCCUGCGGCUCGUCCACUCAGAAAGGAUGUCGCUGUCCUCCUGACCGCUACAUGCAAGAUGGCGGCUGUGUGAACGCCAGCCGGUGCAGGUGUUUAUGGGAUGGCUCGGUCCUCCAGCCAGGAGACAGGGUCACUAAGGACAACUGCAGCACAUGUGUAUGUCAAGAUGGCCGUUUUGUCUGUGACCACUCCAAAUGUCUGAAGAGCUGUGAUUGGUCAGCUUGGUCGUCAUGGACACCGUGUGAUAGCACCUGUGGUACUGGUUUACGGCAGCGUUACAGGUCUCCAGUGAGCCGCCCAGGUGGGGGCGCCGGUCAGCCAUGUUCUGGAGAUUCCACUGAGGUGCGACAGUGCUACACACCCUGUCCCCCAGAUGAGAAGGGGGCACCGUGGAGUGAGUGGACAUCCUGGUCAGAGUGCAGUAAGACCUGCUUCCUGCAUGUGGAUGACGUGGGGCUGAGGAGGCGCUUCAGGAGCUGCAACCAAACAGACAGUGCCCCCUGCCUGGGGGAGGCUGAAGAGCAGGAACCAUGCAACACCAAAUACUGCCCAGUGAGUGGCGGUUGGUCAGCGUGGUCUCCCUGGUCCCAGUGCUCAUCGGAGUGUGACUCAGGGGUACAGACGCGCACGCGCCUCUGCAGUUCCCCCUCCCCACAGUAUGGGGGCAGCACCUGUCCCGGGCCACACAUUCAGACGCGGGACUGCAACUCCCAGCCCUGUUCAGGCACCUGUCCCGAGGGCAUGGCUUACCUGACAGUGGAACAGUGCCAGGCUCAGGGUGGCGCGUGUCCGCGUGUGUGUCUGGACAUGACGGCUGCAGUGGAGUGUGCCACCGAGUGCUAUGACGGUUGCUACUGCGCCCUGGGCUUCUACCUGUACAACAGCACCUGUAUGCCUCUCACCCAGUGCCCCUGCUACCACCAGGGGACAGUAUUCACACGCGGAGCCACAGUGCCUCUAGACGCCUGCAACAACUGUACUUGUCACAAUGGUGAGAUGGAGUGUGGAACAGCGCCAUGCCCUGUGGACUGUGGCUGGAGUGUCUGGACCCAGUGGAGCGCGUGCAGUAGGACAUGUGAUGUGGGCAUCCGGAGGCGCUUCCGCUCGGCGACCAAUCCCCCGGUGGCGUUUGGUGGCCAGCCAUGUCUGGGGGACAGAGUGGAGCUGGACACCUGCAGUGUCAAACCCUGCCACGGAAUGAAGCAGCCAUGGUCUGUGUGGUCUGAGUGUUCUGUUCCAUGCGGCGGUGGGUACCGGAACAGAACCAGGGGUCCGUUUAGAACCCAUGGAACCGCCCAACAGUUCAGUGCCUGUAACCUCCAUCCCUGUGGAAACAGUAGGGUGUGUCCUGAGGGCCAGGAGUGGGCAGAGUGUGUGAGGGAGGUGGUCACCUGUGCUGAGAUUGGACAGGACGAGUCAGACAGAAACACCACCUGCAAGGCAGGCUGCCAGUGCCCGCUGGGAUAUGCUUUACAGGGUGGAAAGUGUGUCCCUCUCUCUGGGUGCCUGUGUGAUGUGGAGGGGGAGCAGUAUCAUCCAGGGGUCACGGUGGCUAAGGACUGCAACAACUGCACAUGUGAAUCAGGGAAGCUGGUGAAUUGCACAGAUCACGACUGUAGUGUGGACGGUCACUGGUCAGACUGGAGUGGCUGGAGUCCGUGUUCCGUUAGCUGCGGUCCAGGUCUGCGUUCUCGCUACCGGUUCUGUUCCAGCCCAGAGAGAACCGGUCGUGGCCUACCCUGCCUGGGUCCACAGCGGCAGGACCAAGUGUGUGUGUCAGCUCCGUGUGACCGUGAUGGAGGCUGGAGUGUGUGGACCUCCUGGACAGACUGUACCAAGUCUUGUGGCGGGGGGGUUAAGAGUCGCAGGCGAGACUGUGACCACCCCCCUCCUCAGGGCCGUGGGGACUACUGUGAAGGCCGGGCCUCAGAGAUCAUCAGCUGUAACACAGACCACUGCCCAGUGGCUCCGUGCUCCGAGGUACCUGGUACGGCCUUCAGCAGCUGUGGCCCCUCAUGUCCACGCUCCUGUGAUGACAUGGCUUUCUGUGAGUGGCGCUGUGAGGCUGGUUGUUACUGCACUGGCGGCCGUGUUCUCAGUAGUAACGGCUCAGAGUGUGUGGCGAGAGAACACUGCCCCUGCCUGGACCUCAGCACUGGACUCCGACUCAACCCUGGCGAGUCCAGCCUUGCCUCAGAUGGAUGCAACAACUGUACAUGUGAUGGAGGCAAAGUCACCUGCACGAAUAACCCAUGCCCAGUCGAUGGCGGUUGGUGUGAGUGGUCAAACUGGACCCCUUGCUCGAAGACGUGCGGGGCGGAGUUUGUGUCGCGCUACCGCAGCUGUGGAUGUCCUGAGCGCCAGGCGGGGGGCUCUCCCUGCCACGGAGCCCAGGAACAGCACGGGGGCCUGGGGGUGCAGAUCGAGAGGAAGGCCUGCCCCUCCAUUCGCUUCUGCCCAGUUCAUGGGUCGUGGGGCUCGUGGGGUGUGUGGUCGGAGUGUGAUGCAUGUGGCGGGGUGUCGGUCAGGAGGAGGGAGUGUAACAGCCCCCCCGCACGCUUCGGGGGUCUGCCCUGCCACGGCCCCAGCCAGCAGAGCCACCGCUGCCAUGACAACGCCACCAUCUGCUCCGACUGUGGAGGUGGUCAGGAACACUGGCCAUGUGGGAAGCCCUGCCCUCGUUCAUGCUCUGAUCUCCAUGGCGACACAGAAUGCAUCGACAGCCCAGACUGCAGCCCGAACUGUGGUUGCCCAGGCGACCAGGUUCUGCAGGACGGGUUGUGUGUGGGUCGUGAACUCUGCCGUUGCAAGUUCCACAACAGAACCACAGAUGGGCUGGACUCUGGAAACGCCUCCUGGGUGUGGCCGGGCCAAUCAGAUUGGCAGUAUGCAAAUUCAGGAGACUUCAUUAUCAGUGACUGCAACAACUGCUCCUGUGAUGCUGGAGUUCUUCAGUGUCAAUCAGUUCCAGGUUGUCAUGUCGAUGGGGCGUGGAGCCAAUGGGGUGGCUGGUCCGAGUGUUCCGUCCCUUGUGGAGGCGGAGUCAAUCUGCGCUGGAGGCAGUGUGAUAACCCCUCCCCCCAGGGUGGCGGGAGAGAGUGUGUUGGGGCCAAAGAGCAGCAGAAGGAGUGUAACACUCACCAGUGCACAGAAUCGGGCCCGUGGUAUGACUGGUCGUCCUGGUCUCAGUGCACGGUGAGCUGUGGGGGAGGGGAGCAAUACCGCACCCGCUCCUGCCGAACACCCCCCUGCCCUGGCCCCAAACGCCAGAGCAAGACCUGCAACACUCAGGUGUGCCUGGAGGUGGGGUGUCCUCCGGGUCGGCUGUACCGUGAGUGUGAGCGAGGAGAGAGCUGCCCCUUCAGCUGUGCCCAGGUCAGCGGGCGCGAGGGCUGUUUCUCAGAGGGGUGCGAGGAGGGGUGCCACUGCCCCCCCAACACCUACCAACACCGCGGAAGCUGUGUGCAGGAAUGUCCAUGUCUGGUGGACAGGGAACUGCUGACCUCACUACAGAAUGUGUCAGUUACCCCGGAGAUGACCCCUGACCUUCAGAACCUUACUGAGGGUGCAGAGCUCAUGUCUGGAGAAGCUCUGCUGUAUGAGUGCAGUAACUGCUCCUGUGAGCACGGCGUGUGGAACUGCUCGUUGGUGCCGUGUCCCCGGGACGGAGGCCUGUCCCCCUGGAGCACCUGGUCACCCUGCUCGCUCACCUGCGGCGGUCUAGGGCACAAGGCCCGCCAGCGCAGCUGCUCCAACCCCGCACCUGCACACGGCGGCCUCGAAUGCCACGGGGCGCUGGAGGAGACUACCUACUGUCAGGCCCCAGACUGCCCUGUGGUGACCAUACCCACGGUGGAACCUCACCUGCCUGAUGAGGAUGCUGGGUUCUCUAAGUGGUCUUCCUGGACUCCGUGUUCUAAGACCUGCACGGAUGCCCGGACACCGGUCCUGAAGUUCCGCCACAGGGAGUGUCUGACGGCACCGUGUUCUGGAGAGAGCCGUCAGCAGAAGGCCUGUAACCUGCCCCAGUGCCCAGGUGUGGAGGUGUGUGUGGGUGAGAAGUGUGAGGGGCGGAACUGCACCUGGACGGAGUGGGGCGAUUGGGGGUCGUGUUCGCGCUCCUGUGGGGUGGGGCAACAACAGCGACUCCGCACCUUCCUGCCCCCUGGGGCAAAUGGCACCUGGUGUGCGGACAUCCUCGGGGGCAACACAGAGAACCGUUUCUGCAACAUCCGCGCCUGCCGCGUGGAUGGGGGCUGGUCUCGCUGGAGCCCGUGGUCUCGCUGUGAUAAGCGCUGUGGGGGGGGUCGGUCCAUGAGGACGCGCUCCUGCUCAAGUCCUCCGCCCAAAAACGGCGGACGCAAGUGUGAGGGCGAGAAGAACCAGGUGAAGCCCUGCAACACCAAACCCUGCGACGAGCGCGGCUGCCCGCCAGGACAGGAGUUUGUGGCCUGUGCCAACGAGUGCCCGCAGCGCUGCUCAGAUCUGCAGCAGGGCAUCCAGUGCCAGGGCAACACCGAGUGCCAGCCGGGAUGCCGCUGCCCACGAGGUCAGCUGCAGCAGGACGGUGUGUGUGUAAAGCUGUGGCAGUGUGACUGCGUGGACUCCCUGGGCCAGAGCUGGGCGGCGGGCAGCACCCACCAGGUGGACUGCAACAACUGCAGCUGCGCAGACGGCCUGCUCUCCUGCACCAACCACAGCUGCAGCGCCGAGCCCAGCUGCUCCUGGAGCUCCUGGUCACACUGGGCCUCCUGCAGCGCCACCUGCGGGCCGGGAGGACAGAGGACACGCUUCAGAUCCUUUGUUCCUGAAACGCCCGACGCUGACUGCCAGUUUGAGGAAGUGCAACACAAGCCAUGUGACCCGGGACCCUGCCCUCCCCUCUGUCCCCAUGGCGACCGAGAGCUGUCAGUGGGUGACACAUGGUUACAGGGGGAGUGUAAACAAUGCACCUGCACCCCAGAGGGAGAUUACUGCCAAGACAUCGACUGCAGGGUGGACGGAGACUGGACCCCAUGGUCCGUGUGGUCAGACUGUCCCGUCACGUGUGGCAGUGGCACACAGGUCCGCAGCCGAGCGUGCAUCAACCCCCCGCCCCGGAAUAACGGCUCGGACUGCUCCGGUCCAGAGAAGGAGGCCCAGGAGUGCCAAGCCAAACCCUGCCUCGAUGACCUUUGCCCCUGGUCGCCGUGGUCUCCGUGCUCCCGCAGCUGCGGGGCUGGCGUGGUGUCUCGUCGGCGGAGGUGUGUGUGUGAGGAGGAGGGGGAGAAUGCCUGCCCCCCCGACAUCGAGACACAUCGUGACUCUCAGGAGACGCAGCUGUGCUACUCCAGGCCGUGUACAGAAUGUCCGAUGUCGGAGUGGAGCGAGUGGUCGGCCUGCUCCUGCGUGUCCCAGUGGCAGCGGCGCCACCGUGCACCACUCUCAGCAGCCAGCAGGGGGCAGCAGUGCUCAGAGCUCGAGACGGACAGCAGGGUCUGCCAACCUGAACACUGCCAGGACUGUGAGGAGCCGUUCCAGUUCCAGGAGUGUGGCUACCCGUGCCAGAAGCACUGUGUCCUGCAGGCAGCGAGCGAAGCCUGUGUUGGGGAGCAGACCUGCACUCCCGGCUGCUACUGCCCCCAGGGCUUGCUGCAACAGAAUGGGACGUGUGUCCAGCCAGAGCAGUGUGGCUGUGUGCACCUCGUCCACCAGGGAACCGAGAAACCCAUCACCAUUACCCUCCCACAGGGGGCGCUAGUCAAUGUGGGCUGCAGCACCUGUUUGUGCCAUGACGGGGUGCUGCAGUGUGACACUCGGGAGUGUGAGGGACGUUGAAACGGCCUUCCGACAGUAUGCCAGAUGUCCU